AGAGCAGGGAGCGUACAGAAAUAGGUGAAAUGUCUGAUGAAUAUGUAUGUAAUAUUCAAUCUUGCUUAAAAGUCUUCACAACACGGCGUAGGCUCGCAAACCACCAAUACAGAAUUCACCCAAACAAAGACUUAUUUGUCAGAAAUUUACAUGAAUCAUUUCAAUGUGAAAUUUGUAACAAGAAAUUUUCAAGACGUAAAAUAAUAUUACACGUGACAUUCCAUUUAAAAAGAAAACAAGGACUAAAAUGUCCUUUUUAUAAUGAGUGUGGCAGAUAUACUUGUUUUAAAAGUAUUAAUGUUUUCAGAGUCCAUAUUGUAAGAAAUCAUAAAACGUUGACAAAAACUCAAACCGAAAAUCUCACAACAUCUUGUCUGUUAUCAGAGUCUUAUGAAGUCGUUCCCAAUUCCGACUUUACAGAAAAUACCGCAACUACAUCUCAGGAGGAUGAUAACUCAAACAUAAGAGAGUUUUUUGAUUCUUUCGUUUCGCUACAAAUGCAGUUACACAUACCAUCAACUUCAUUCAAUGCAAUAAUUAAUUCCUUCUCCACAGUAUAUGAGUUAGACGAACAUCAAAAAAUUGAGAAACUUGAGAAGACAUUGAUAGAACACGGUUUGAAUACACACCAAAUUGAACAGAUAUGUAAAAGCUUCAAAUCUGAAAAGACUUUGUUUAAAAAAUUAUUCCAUUCGGAUUCAGGGUUAUUACGAAGUGCAUAUUCUCGAAACAAGGAACUUUCAAAGAGUGACUUUCUCGUACAACCACAAGAAGUGUUUUUAGGCGCACGUGAGGAUGGAAGUACUGCUACCUAUAUUUACAUACCAAUUCUAGAAUUAUUGUCCACUUUGUUUAAAAACACUUCCUUUCGAAGUGAAUAUUUUUCAUCUAAAAACACGAAAGAUUCCUAUUAUCUUGACUUAAACGAUGGUGAAAUAUGCAGAUCAAACGCUUUUUGGGAUCCUGCUUUAAAAAAUAUUCAACUUUUAGUGUAUCAGGAUGCUUUCGAAGUAUGUGCUCCUUUGAAAAGUGCAAAAACAAAACACAAGUUGGUAGGCGUCUAUAUGUCUGUGGGAAAUGUCCACAGAUCGCACCGGGCAAAAAUUAAUAAUUUACACUUGGUAGCUCUUUGCAAAGAGUCUGAUUUUAAAUAUUUUAAAUCGAACAAAAUUUUUGAAAAACUCGUACACGAUAUCAGAGUUUUAGAAAUCGAUGGAAUAAAUGUUGAACAUGAGGAGCAAAGCUAUAAUAUGAAGGGUUCUAUAUUCGCAAUCUUAGGAGACAACUUGGGUAGCCAUCAAGUUGGUGGAUAUGUAGAAAAUUUUUCUACAUCAAUCUAUUUUUGCAGAUACUGCUAUGUGACAAGAUCUCAAUUCACCUCAAAUCCGCAUGUAAUAGCUCCAUUAAGAACAAAGAACUCACAUAUAAAAGACUUAAAUGAAUUAACAACGAAUAAAUUAAAUAAUGUUAGAGGAGUUAAAUUUGAAACAAUUUUUAAUGAACUAAAGUAUUAUAAUAUUAAUUCACCUGGCAUGCCCCCGUGUAUUGCCCACGAUUUAUUCGAAGGAAUUAUUGGUUACGACAUCUUGCUCAUUUUUAAAUAUGCCGUUGCAGAAAACUGGGUAACAUUCAAAAACAUUUCUUACAGCAUCAAAUAUUAUUUUAAAAUCUUAAACAUGAAUGCUUCAAUUUCCAUAACGCCUAACUUUUCAAAGAUUUCCGGUCGAGCAUAUGAUAUUUGGUCCUUAAUCCAAAUAUUGCCGUUCAUAUUCUCACCACUUCAUUCUAAAGUAGAUUUUUCCUCUGACCCAUACAUUAAAAUGAUAAUGACUUUGAAAUAUUUGGUUGAUAUUCUUGUUGCUCCACAAAUAUCUGAAGCUCAAAGAGGAGAAUUAAAAUUCUAUGUUGCGGAGUACAUAGAGUACAGGCAUAAUUUGUUUUCGGAGCCUCUUAAACCAAAACACCACUAUUUGAAUCAUUAUACAUAUCUGAUCAGACAGUUUGGUCCUUUAACUUCAUUUUGGACUCUGAGGUUUGAGAGCAAACACAAAUAUUUUAAGGAUUGUGUAACUUCGGCUCGCAAUUAUAUAAACGUUGCCAAAUUGUGCGCUGAGAAACACCAAAGGCAUCAGUCUAUAUGGCUUAGUGAUAACAUGUGGAAUAAUACAGUGCAAGUUCUUACAAGGAAAAACGUUAUUAACCUCUUAGAUUGUGAAGAAAUUUUAUUGCGAAAUGCGAAAAUUAACUCUGACAACGUAUUUUUUACAAAAUCGCUCACAUUUCAAGGUAUCACAUUAAAAACCGAACAAUAUAUUUUUCAUAGCAGAGAUUCAUUUGGAGAAGCAUAUGUUAUGAGAAUUGAUUUAUUAGUUGUUUUGAAAACAUUUGAUGAUUUCUUACUUAUUGGAACGAAAUUCAAAAUAUUUGAAAACCACGAAAAUGGGUUAAUAUAUUUAGAAGACGAUCUUGGAAAAGUAAUAAGAAAAAUGACAGAGAUUAUUGAUUUAUCUCCCUUAAAACCUAUCACAAUUCAUGGAAUUAAAUCACAAAUUCUUUUUUCUAAGCAUCGUUUGCCAAAAUAAUAAAGUCAAAUAAGUUUUUGUUAAAGAUUUUAAGCUUGGUGGAUAUUUUUUGAGAGGAGCCAGAGAAUCGUAGAAUGUAAGUGUAAACCAAUAUGAAGUGGUUCAAAGUUUUCAAUUACAACCAUACCAUUAAGAAAAUAGUGAAGUCAAAACCGACUAUAACAGAUCUUCUCAAUGCUGCAAGCAACAAGUUUGGAAAAAGCUUCAUUUCCCUUGUGCUUGGAGCCUGUGGAACACUGAUCGAAGAUGAUGAUUUCCUGGAACAAGUACAAACAAACGAGAUUUUGAUUGCAUUACAAGAAGGAGAAAACUGGAUCUCGCCCGAAAUCUUUGAGCCUUCAUCUUCAUCUCAAACUCAAGUUACACCUAGUAUCACAAAUGUAAACGGAAAUGAAGGGAAUAAUUCAGUCGUUAUUCCAACGCUUGAGAAUUUUCUGGAACUGUCAGGAAUUCAUCCAUUUGCCGACGCGCAACCACCUGGAACUGUCCCUACUUUGAGGAAUCCAGAAGUACCACCAAAUGAUACAGAAAGUGCAGAGGAACUACUGGUAAAUACUCCAUCAUCUCUAACUUCUGCACAGACAAAGAAAGCCAUUCGUGAAUCAUUCAAGAAUUUUGAAAAUAUCAAAAUUCCGUAUGAUCAGAUGGAAAAAAAUAUAAGAGAUGCACUUAAAGGGAAACAAAAGCUGCCUCCAAAUCAGAUGGCGACAGUUGUGAAGAAAGUGGUUCUGGAGAUACGGAAAUCCGGAGUUUAUAUACCAAUAAAAGUAUUUGAUUUUGCCGCCGCCCAAAUGUGCAGGGAAUACCCUGACACAUUUGAGGAGCGUGAUGACGAUGGAGCUUUGAUUGGUGGAGGAUUCUUCGGACUCUCUGAAAAAAUGAGGAACCACAACAACUAUCUUAACCGUCCUCAUGUUAAUAAAUUCCAAGACCAAAAUCUACACAAAGAAGUCAAGAAAUUAAGAAAAAAUGUGAAUCUAUGCUCAGGAAAUAUCAACAAUGCCCCUGAACUAAACGAAGAAUUCGGCCUGGAGCGUGAUGACAUCAACAAGGGAGAAUUAUCAAUUCCAGAGAUUGUGAAAAAAUGGCCUAAUUUACAAACCUUCGAUGGAAUUUGUCGUCACUUUGCGGCAACAACAGGCUGCGAUAUAUCACAAUUGGGAAACAUAAUGCAGGAAAAACGAAACAUUAUUGCUAAAGCGUGCCUUCCAAAUCGGUCAGCAAAUAUUCUAAGGGAGCACAACAGCACAAAUCAGGAAAAUCCUGACCAGGAAAAUUCUCUACCUGCACCAGAACCACCAGAACCAUCCCGUGAACUUCAAAAUGACGCAAAAAUAAUUUUGAAGAUUAUUGCUGAUUACUUCAAAGAAAAGAUUGAAGCAAUAUUCGGAAAUCAAACAACCAAUACCGAUGAUUUCCUUAUUCGAGAAAAUGAUGCACCACCGAAGUUCUCUAUAAUAUACAGAAACAUUGUUCUACAUGAAACAAAUUCGUGGUGGGAGGCUUUCACAAUGUAUUUUGCAGAUAUUUACAUAUUCUGCAAACUUUAUCCCGUGGAAGCUUCCCAGACACUGGAAUUUGUACAGCGGUACAUUUUAAAAAUAAAUCCAGAAGGCACAAAAUCAAAAAAAAGAUGUAUUAAAACGUGCAAUUUAAAAGUAUUAAGUCUUAUCAGAAAAAUUAAGAAUAUUUCAUCUUAGUUGAUUUCACAUCAGUGAAUGCCACAUUCCCAAGGUUUAUUCAAAAUAUAUUUUUUGAAUUCCUGAUUUUUUUGGUUGAACCAAGAAACUAUGCCUCUAUCAUUGCAUGUAAAUUAAAUGAAGUAAAUAAAAAAUUACUAUAUUGAAA